AUGGAUUCGCUGGCUUUGGGCUGCUGCACCGCGGCCUUCAUCAUUCUGUUCCUGCCUUUGAGCGCUUCCGAUGAUCGGCUUGUCCCUGGCAAGCCGUUGGCCCUCGGCAACACCAUCGUUUCUGACGACGGCGUGCUCGCCUUGGGCUUCUUCAACCCCUCCAACUCCACUCCAGCCAAGCUGUACCUUGGCAUAUGGUACAACAAUAUCCCUGAGCUCACAGUUGUGUGGGUUGCCAACCGUGAAACCCCAAUCACCAACAGCUCUUCCUAUGCACUUAUGCUCUCUCUCACCAACGCCCUCAAUCUCAUUAUCUUGGAAGGUAAUAAUGGUGGUCGUGUCCUUUGGACGACGGCCAACGUGACCACUUCCCCGGCAGGAUCGUCUACCCCGACGGCAGUGCUUCUGAACAGUGGCAACCUCGUCAUCCGGUCGUCAAAUGGCUCCACAGUGUGGCAGAGCUUCGAUCACCAGACAGACACGCUCCUCCCAGGGAUGAAGAUCCGGAUCAAAUACAACACGGGCGGUACUGGCGAUCGUCUGGUAUCGUGGAAGGGCCCCGGAGACCCCUCACCGGGGCGCUUCUCCUAUGGUGUUGACUCGGACACGCCCCUCGAAGCAUUCCUAUGGGAUGGGGGGAUCGUGGUAUCCCGUAGUUCCCCAUGGACGGGGUACCACGUGAAGAGCUUUAAGCAACAACAACUAGAGGUGGCCAUGAACGGGAGUGAUGUUAUCAUGUAUGUAUCGUUCGUCGACAACGGCGAUGAGAUCUAUGCCACAUAUAGCCUCUCUAACGGCGCCCCGCCCGUAAGGUCAGUGUUGAAAUAUUCUGGUCAGUAUCAAACUGAGAUCUGGAGUAGCAACUUGUCGGUGUGGGUAGUUCUAAUGAAGUGGCCAUCUGCUGAAUGCAAUCUCUAUGGUUAUUGUGGCCCAUAUGGCUACUGCGACGAGACAGUGGCACCAAUCCCAACUUGCAAGUGCCUAGACGGCUUCGAGCCAUCAAACAAGGAGGAGUGGACCCGUGGCAAGUUCUUGGCGGGGUGCCGGCAGAAGGAUCUGUUGCAAGGGUGCAGCGAUAGCUUCUUGGCCUUGUCGAGGAUGAAGUCACCAGACAAAUUUAUGCACGUCGGAGGGGGCAGAAGUACAUCUGAGGAGUGUGCGGCAGAGUGCAGACGCAACUGCUCCUGUGUGGGGUACGUGUAUCGCAAUGUCAGUAGCGGUGGGUUCAGAAGAGACGCGACGAUGUGCUUGGUGUGGGCUGGGGAUUUGAUUGACACCGGAAAGAUAGGCACAGAAAUCGGUGGAGAGACACUCUAUCUCCGACUUGCAGGUGUAACUUGUAUCUUCCAUAUUUCUUAUGGUCUAUGUACUUAUGACGCAGCUAAAAGAAGAAAGAGCUAUGCAAUCUGGGUGAUGAAUAGUAAUAUAUAUAUGCACCUAGGGCUGUUAUGUUGCAACGCCAUGCAAACAAAUAGGAAAGUAGUAAUGCAGGGUAAUGACUAUUACAUUGUCAGAGCAGGCAAGAACAAAAAAUGGAGAAUGCACAAGAAUAUAAGGUUGGGUGGUAUGAGUGCCUCUAAUGAAACCAGGGAAGACAACCCUCCUCAUGAUCAAGAUUUUCCAUUCGUAAGAUUAGAAGAAAUUGUCCUCGCAACCCACAAUUUCUCUGAAGCAUGUAAGAUUGGACAAGGAGGAUUUGGCAAAGUCUACAAGGGACUAUUAGGUGGUCAAGAAGUCGCAGUCAAGAGGCUAAGUAAAGAUUCUCAACAAGGAACAAAAGAAUUCAAGAACGAAGUAAUUUUAAUUGCAAAAUUGCAACAUCGAAACUUGGUUCGACUUCUUGGUUGUUGUGGUGAAGGAGAUGAAAAGCUCUUGAUAUAUGAGUAUCUGCCUAAUAAAAGCUUAGAUGCUACCCUUUUUGAUGACUCAAGAAAAUUGUUGUUAGAUUGGACAACACGGUUUAAUAUAAUCAAAGGGGUAGCAAGGGGGCUAUUGUAUCUUCAUGAAGACUCAAGGUUCACAAUAAUUCAUAGGGACCUGAAAGCUGGGAAUAUUUUGUUGGAUGCACAUAUGAAACCCAAGAUAGCUGAUUUUGGUAUGGCGAGGAUCUUUGGUGAUAACCAGCAAAAUGCAAAUACUCAACGCGUAGUUGGAACAUAUGGCUACAUGGCUCCUGAGUAUGCAAUGGAAGGUGUCUUCUCUACCAAAUCUGAUGUCUACAGCUUUGGGGUGUUACUACUAGAGGUUGUAACUGGUAUAAGGAGAAAUUCUGAUUGUGAAACCAUGGGAUUUCCUAGCCUCACAGUCUAUUCAUGGAAUAAGUGGAACGAAGAGAAGACUGAGGAACUGCCAGACUCAUCUAUCAUAGAUACUUCACCAGACGAAGUUUUGCUUUGCGUCCAUGUUGCACUCCUAUGCAUCCAGGAGAACCCAAAUGAUAGGCCAUGCAUGUCAUCUGUUGUGUUCGUGCUAGAGAAUGGAAGCACCACACUUACAACCCCCAAUUGUCCUGCCUACUUUGCGCGACGAAGUGCUGAACUGGAUCAAAUAAGAAAUAUUCAGACUUCUGUCAACAGUUAUACUUUUACCGAGAUAGAGGGGCGAUGA